CUUGGUAGUCGUCGUCGUCAUCUACAGUUCUCAAUUUCGGUAGACAUUGUUUUCUCCGUCCGAAAGCCUGCCUCUUUCUACGUAUAUGCAAGUGGCGAACUUGUGGCGUUUCGUUUCUUUAAGGCCUUCUUGGCGUCUAUCUUUCUCCGUCGCUGCCACAGCAAUGGAUGGUGAUCUAGAUUCGUGUAGCUUGGUUUUGUGUGGGAAGUCCUGUGUUGAGAAUGAUACAGCAAAGCGUUUGAAGAGCGAGAACGUGCUUAAGCUCCCAGAUGAUACUACUAAAGUUUCACUCUUUCUAGAUUCCGAGAUUAAUAAUUUGGUUAGAGAUGGUGAUUCAUUCAAUCCUUCACUCUUCAUGAACUCGCUUUCAACUGCUCGCUUUGGUCGGUUUCUCAUCUGGUCUCCCCGCUUGUCUUCCACUCACGAUCUUGUUUCUCAUAACUUUUCUGAGCUUCCGGUUGGUUCAGUUUGUGUCUCAGAUAUUCAGUUCAAGGGUAGAGGCAGAACAAAGAAUGUGUGGGAAUCUCCAAAGGGUUGUCUUAUGUAUUCUUUUACGGUAGAAAUGGAAGAUGGUCGAAUCGUGCCUUUGAUUCAAUACGUUGUAUCUCUUGCUGUAACCGAGGCAGUGAAAGAUGUUUGUGACAACAAGGGUUUGCCGUAUAUAGACGUUAAAAUAAAGUGGCCCAAUGAUCUUUACUUGAAUGGCCUUAAAGUCGGAGGCAUUUUGUGUACCUCUACCUACAGAUCUAGAAUAUUUCACGUUAGUGUUGGUGUGGGAUUGAAUGUGGACAACAAUCAACCGACCACAUGCUUAAAUGCUGUACUAAAAGAUAUAUCUCCUGCAUCAGUUCUACUUAAAAGAGAAGAAAUUAUUGCUGCCUUCUUUCAUAAAUUCGAAAAAUUCUUUGAUCUAUUUAUUGACCAAGGUUUUAAAUCUCUCGAGGAGCUUUACUACAGGACAUGGCUUCACAGCGGCCAAAGAGUGAUCGUUGAAGAUAAAAUCGAGGACCAAGUUGUUCAAAACGUUGUGACUAUCCAGGGUUUGACAUCUUCGGGAUAUCUGCUGGCUAUUGGAGAUGAUUAUCAAAUGUAUGAGCUUCACCCUGAUGGCAAUAGCUUUGACUUUUUCAAAGGUCUAGUCCGAAGAAAAAUAUGAUCCUUUUUCUUCCGGGAAGGAGAUGUUAUUAGCAUCAUGGACAUAACUAGUACUAGUCUCGGUUUUCGACCAACGGAGAAAGUGUUUAUUUAUAUAUAUAGAUUACUGUGGUGUUGUCCCUUAUUUCCUUGUAUCCAAAAUUCCAGAUUAUGUAUCUGUUAUUCACUAUGAAAAUGUUUUUCUAAAAAUAAGUAUUGGACCAA